CAAUCACAGCGGGAGGGGGCGUGGUCUAAGCGCUACACACUGCAGCCUGUAGUUAGCGUUAGCACAGUUAGCAUGGAGACGGCUCGCGCGGUGUUUGUGGUUCUGGCUCUCACAUGGACGGCUGUUUCAGCGCAGACCAGUUGUGUUAUGAAGUCGAACAGUAGCUGUGCGGAGUGUGUGUCCAACAUCACAUGUUUAUGGUGCAGCAGGACUCAGCAGUGUUUGGAUUACCCGGUGCAGACUCUCCUCCCUCCACACAGUCUGUGUCCCCUUAAUGAUGCACGCUGGGGCAACUGCUGGGUGAACUUCCAGGCUCUGAUCAUUACGGUGUGUGUGAUUGGGGGUGUGAUCAUCAUCUCUGUGCUCAUCUGCUGCUUCUGCUGCUGCAAGUGUGAGAACAUCGGAUCUAAGCGUACAGACGAGCGUGUGGAGAGAGAGGCUGAGAUCAGACGAGUCCGACACGAGGAGAGGAAAGCAGAAAUGAGAUCGAGACACGAUGAGAUCAGGAGGAAAUACGGUCUGAUGAAGGAGAACCCAUACUCCAGAUUUGAGAACAACUAACACACACACCCACGCUCAUGCACACACACACUCACACACACUCACACACACACACACGCACACACCCAUGCUCACGCACACACCCAUGCUCAUGCACACACACUCACACACACUCACACACACUCACACACACUCACGCACACACACCCACGCUCACGCACACACACACACACUCCUUUACUACUGGCGUGCUGAUCUGCUGCUGCUGAAGCAGUGAGAACUUUCUCUUAUAUGACUUUAUUAUUAUUGUUGUUAUUAUUGUUAUUAUUAUAAUUUUUUUUAUUAUUAAAGAUUUUUAUUAUCUCACACUAAGUGCCAACAAACAGAGGAGCCAUUUUAAGGACAAUCUGUACAGUAAAGCUUUUUGUAAAGAAGGAAAGUUAAAUGUUGAAAUAGAUCUCGAGCUCCAGCUGCUACUGAAAUGUUUUUAUAAAGUGAUCAUGUCACGCCUCUCGCCUCUGGCCACUGCAUUUCACUUUAAUAUCAAUAGUUUAAAUACUUUUGCUGAAAGACUCUUUGAUUGCAAUAUACUUGUAUUUAAAUAAA